UGAUUGUUUUAGGACGAGCAAGGGCAUUUUAGAAACCUAAGACCCGUUGGUAUUAUUCUUGAUCACUCAGAAGUAGUCUCAAGAAAUAGCGCAAUCAAAACAUCACCAUGUUGAUGAGGAGUCUCAGUCUGUAAUCUUUCUCCUUCCACCGGCAAACAUCAUCGCAAGGACCGUUCUGGGAUGGUGCUGUUGGUCGUGAAACCGUACGGCCGCGAGCGCUGCUCCGUUUGUGCAGCAGGUCUACUGCUAGCAACGCUUCUUUGCUUGUUCCUUGGACACCCCUCAGCGAAUUUUUGGGCUAGUGGUCGCAUCGGCGAUAAGCGGAAAAACAUAAUCAUCAGCGCCAUCAACGACCAGGAGGAACAUGAUGGCGAGCAGGCAGACUCCGCUCAAGAAGAUGAUGAAGUAGAACAUCAAGCGGCACUCGACGGACCCGAUGAAAUGCAAGAUGAACCUCAGUUUUUUCAUCUCGGAUCGAUGCGGCCCAGCUCGUGGAAAAAAGAAGCAUCCGGUGUGUCGUUCUCGCAAAAGGCCAAAGAUUCAACGACCAGCUUCCAGUCGCACCCACUGUCCUCUCAACUGCGAGGUGGAAAAGCUACAACCUCAGCGUGGUCCUUCGUGCAGGAAGAAAAAGUGGGAAGGAACAAAAAAGACGUGAAGAACGGAUUUCCAUAUCCGGAUCCUUCUCCGAGGCUCAAGAAGUACGGGUAUGGAAAAAAUUACACGCAGGUGCAUGAGUUUGUGAUAGUCAUGUAUAAAAACGCGCAAGGCGAACCGAGAGCCGAGAAGUACACUGCGCUCACAAACGCCAAGGGGUACACUACCUGGGCGCACCUGCCAAACCACAGCUUUCGAGCGAGCAAUGACGAGCUGCUGAGGGAGACAGAGCAUUGGGUCCAGAGAGCUCCGGUGAUCGAUACCAACGGCAUCAAUCAGGGCCUUCGGUUCGGUGUCACCCUGCUGGACAUCCAUCCAGAUUUUCCACAUGCCCAAUUUGGGCCGACGACGGAGUGGUACGAUCCGGCGGCUGGCACAGCACACGUCGACCUUCUCUUCGACGACGGCGACCCUAGUAUGGAGGAAGAGAAGUUGACAACUUUCGGACAUGCAAAUUUUCCCGUGCAAAAAGCGCACGCUACUGCCGAUAGCGGUGAAGAGCUCCCACUGCCUCCGACGUCGACGCGGAAGCCGCUGGCGCUGGCGCGCAUCACUAGCCUCGGAGGCGGGCGGCUGGAGUACGAGUACAGUCUUCUGUUACAACCGGACGCCGAAAACGAUGAUGCCGGGGGGGCCAGCAACGAAACAGCCGGACCCGCAGCACUUGGCGGAACUUACGUCACGUACUACGCCGAGGCGAAUCAUGGGCACGCACAGUGGAAGUCCCCUUCGCUUAGCUUUACUUUAGCUAAGCCUGAAGAGGUGAACGGUGAUGAUGAUGAUGAUCAUAAUGCUACUAGGAAACGGAAAGUAGAGUGGGGCGCCACCUUCCCGUUUUUGGAUGCGAAACAGACACGCGCUUCUCUCCUAAAAAACGACGUCACCGCGACCGAGAUCGACCCGCAUUCGGUGUCGUUUGGGCUCGUGCAGGUCAACACUGAACAAGUGGAUCCCGAUGACAGCGACAGCUUCAAACUAACGGUGGGAAAUCCGGUGGUGGAAAGUUUUUUCGUUCCGCCCGGUGGCGAACGACCGAAAACGUUCGUGACAGCCUCUGGCAGAAUCCCUGGGGGGCGGUAUCUGACAGAAUCCGGUGAGCGCCGCAUCGCCCCACCAGCACACGCAAAGAGCACAAAUACCAGUUCGGGCGGCACGUGGUCCUGCGGCUGCAGCGGAGACGCGUCUUCUCCCAACCCAGCAAGCUCCUUUGCGCAGGGAGACGCACAGGAUAAGUCCCGUAGCUGCGGGUCUACUUGUGCAGGGCGAGAAGAAGACCACCACGAUGACCAUGCUGAAGAAAGGACCACUUCGGCUGCCGCUGCCGCAGAUGCACAUCCCCCACGGUACAUGGGUGUGGAUGUUCACGAGUUUCUGGUCUUCGGGCGGAUGUGGAGGAGCGCGCUGGACGUACAGGGGAAGGUAUGGGUGUGUCAGGUUGGAACUUUGCAAAGCGGAAAAAAUGAUGUUGAGCCAACAUGGCGCUCCAUCAACUGUCUGAGGUCAUGAAACAAACGUAGAGAGACUGUCACGAUUGGGGAGAUUGCAGGGGCACUAGACGAAAGGACAUGGCUCUGCCCUAAGCUAACAUCGUGUUGACGGAUUGUCUCUAAGGGCGAGACCCAGAAGCAGAUAGCUUUGCCAUGCGUUGCGUUACCACUUGCGGCCCUGCCUAGCAGUAUUAAAGGCCAUCGUCGUGAUGUCUCAUAUUUAAAAAGGCCGACCGCGCGCCUCGCCCCCGACUGAUCCUCGUACGAGAGGGAUCGGGAUCGGGCGUGACAAAUUCGACGAAGAUUGAGACCCUUUCUCUAUGUCGAUGAUGACACGCACUUUUUUUCCAUUUUCGCACUUUCCUGCCUGGCACGCCCAUGAAGGGAGGUCAACUUGUACCGUGCGGUCACGAGCCCCACGGGUCGCACCACCUGGGUCCUCGGUCCAGGUGCGACCGACCACGACUUUGCGGAGAUUAAUCGUCACCGGGGGGUGACGUUGCCGGUGAUCGACUACAACGGUAUUCACCAGGGCCCUCGCCUCGGGGUCGCCCUUUUGGACCGCAUGUACGUGGACGAGUUCCUCUGGGAUCAUUCGACGCCCCCAGAACCCGCCCUCACGGAGUGGUACGAUCCAGCGGCUGGCACAGCGUCUAUCGAGCCGCAGGACCGGAACGAGCUUGAUCACGAUGAUGAACCCGCACUGGCGCUGGCUUCUGACGCGACGAAAAACAAGAAGCCGCUGCUACAGCAGCGCAUCACUGGCCUUCCAAACGGCCGGAAAGAGUUCGAGUUCCGUGUACUGCUAGCGGACGACGACUUGCAUGCUGUCGGCGCGGGGGACGACAAGCACAAGAGGAACAAGGCAGCUACAGGAACAAGAACAACUCCUGGGGAUGAACGUGAAAAGUACAUCCAUUACUAUGCGGAAGCGGACACGGGUGGACAUACCCAGUGGAAGUUCCUUCCGUUUAACUCUACUACGAGGGAAGAGUGGCCAAGCCUCCCGCUGCUGGACUUCCAGGUCAGCUCCACCUACGACUAUCAAGACCACCGCGUCGAUCCGCACACCCUCAGUUUUGGCCUCGUUGAGAUCCACCUAGGAGAUCAUGAUCCCGACGAUAGCAGCAGACUUGUUCUCGAAGCAGGCGGUCCUCCUCUGACGGUGUUGGUUCCAAAUCCGCCCCGCGGCGGACGACCGCCACUCGUCGUGGACCACGGUUCUGGCGCACCAAUUGGUGGGGCGGGAGCUGGAGGUAGUGCGCAGCUGCCCGAGUCGGCCUCGUCGUCGAAACUAAAUGCCGCAAACAGCACAAAUUUCAGUUCGGGUAGAAGCACGUCCUGUGGGUCCAGUGGAGAGGACGUUUCCUCCCCUCGCAGCUCCAGCUCCUUUGCGCAACUACAACAAGGGACGACGACAUUGUCCGAAGAUACUGAACGCGCGGAGCAAGAACUCGAAGCUUUGCAAGACGCGAGGGAGCAGGCACAUCAAACGGGGUUCACGGUUGACAAAAACGGGCACGUCAGCGCCUUGGCGAGUGGAAGUAGUAACAGUCAGCCCGACCGGUACCAGUUCCAGGAAAUUGAGAGCCGAAUCGCGGAUGAUAUGACAGUGCACAACUCCCCCUCCCCCUAAUUUGUCAUGCAAAAUACCAAAUCCAGACUGUGUUUCUUGGAACUGUUUGCAUGACAAACUCCGGAAUAAGCCCAAACAGCACUACACUCCUGUGGAAAUUUGUCAUGCAAAACCGGCAUUCUUGCUGACCCUUGUAUUGCCGUUCAUGCUAUACAAAUGAGGGGGGGGGGGGGCAGUUGUGCAUUGUCAUAGAUGAGCAGCUGGAACAGGAACGCGCCGACCACUUGGUGGAGCAAAGCCUCGCCCACGGGGGAGUAGCCGAGCAGGAUGGUGGUGGGCACGCCGUGGUCGCGGCUCCUGCGCAACAUUUCGAACAAACUGUCACGAGUCAACAUCACAGCAAGCGCGAGCUCGAACCGGAUUGCACAUCCUGUGGUUGCAUCGAGUGCCACGAUCUCAGCGACGACCGCGCAUCCUACAUUCAUCAUCGAAGCUCUCCCCCCCACUUUUGGCACCAGGUAUCAAAUGCAAAUAUGUCUGGGUCUGGAAGCUUGUGAUGCAAAAAUGUGGAUGAUGGAAGCAGUUUCCUUCGCACGCAACUUAGCAUGACAACUUUCCACACCUCCGCUUUUUCAUGAUAGGCAAUCCGCAUCAGAAACUGCGUGCUUGCAUGUACAAAAGAGGCUGCGACUUUUGUUGGUUAUGCAAUACAGAUUUCCUCGGUAUGGAAAGCUAGCACUACAAGUUGCAUAUUUCCAGACCCAGAGACUUUUGCACUUGAUACAGGAGUUCUUACUACGAUUCCUCUUCAUCGGACGACUCGUAUCACGGGGGAUACGGUAUGAACUGCAAAAGUAUCGUACUCGUACUAAUCGUAAUCGCGUUUAUGCAUUCACAAAUCUUUUUGUUAAGGAAAAUCUGCAUUACAAAUUUAAUUUGUAAUGCUAAGUCAAUUUGUAUAUGCACUUAUACGAGUACGAUACUUUUUCAAUUCAUAUACUUACACAGUGCGGGAAGCCAAAUCGGCGGCGCCAAAGACAUGCUGAAGGCGGGCGCAGUUGGCGCCGCGGUGGGAGCGGCCGGAGGAUACCUGGCCGGGAGGAGUAAAGGAUCCUCGUCGUCCUCGGGUGGGCUCGGCGGUGCAAUUUCGUCUUUCGGGGGGAGACGCUGAAAACGUUGACUGGUGGAAGAAACAGCUUCGAAUGAAUUUCAAUUAGUUCAAUUUUUUCAAUUUACUUUGUCGAUGUUGAAGACGACAGCUGUUGACUCAUGAUCUUUCGCGUUGCGCACCUACUUCUAACAACAAGGUCUUAGGCUCCAAAGUGAUUGAUACAGGCGCUCAUAUGUUGAAUCUUGAAACUGCGACCAGGGUCGUCAUUUUCUGUCUUCGUUCACCUGAUUUAUUGCGCUCGGCUUCGCGCUCGGGCUUCGUCUUCCGCACUGACUUUGACUUGCGCUAGCUGGCAAAUACAAAUGAAAAAAAUUAGAAGAGCAAUUGUCUUUGAUGAAACAAUCAGCAACAGGAACAGCAUGACAGCAAAGACAUUUGAUUCUUUUAUGCCUUAUAUGAAAUAGCCGUAUAUUUCUGUAGCGUUUUUCGAUUUAUUCGUUGUCUUGUUCUCAUGAUCUCUUAUUUUGGCAAAGCUUUCUGAAUUUAAUUUGAUCAUGUUUGUUGUGACUACUAUCAGCUUGCUAUGUAAACAAAUUAAUUUCCGGAUCGACCUUAUCUUUAUGAGACUCUAACCAGAUCCAAGUGAACGUGCUGAUGCUCUUAUUCUAGCUGUUUUCAUGACAAGUUUCCAAAAAAAUCUGGCAAAGAGGUUGAGUUAGCUGUAAACGAGUCUUGUUAAUCUACGCUUUGUCUUUCGUUUAUUCAGUACUUACCUUAUCCAGCUAACAUAAACAUUUUCGUUGCAUUCAUCUUGCAAAUCAAACGUGGAAAUGCGACCACGCCGUUGUAUCUAUGUCGCGUCAGCAAUUUGGGAUAUUACAUGCAAAGCUUUUUGCUUCUCCAUGAUCAUAUAGAACAGAGAAACGCAACAUGCCAUCAAACGUUGGAGUGUAUUCGGGAC